AUGCGUUCUUUUGCAGUUUUUUAUUAUAGUGCUUAGAUUUUUGAAGAGUUAUCAGGAAGAGACUUAAUAUUAAAAACAAUUCAUACAAUAUGCAUUGGUCUAUUUAGUGCAAUAGCUGAAUUCAAAAAAAUCCUAAUAUUGCCAAGAUUAGGCCGAAAAUCUUAUAUUAAAUAGUUAUUGGAUCCUUUUUGA